AGGAUUAUAGCUUCGCACUUAACAACAGUUACGUCCAUCGUCUUCUUCGUCGGGUUCAUCGAAAAGCUUCUUCGUUUUGAAAAAUUUUCUCAAGGUUUUCGAAAACGGAGAUUGAAGAUAUUAAGAGAAUUUGUUCUUUCGAAUUGUAGAUGGUGUUUGGAGUUUUGCCUUAGCGUGUUGUGUUGUAAAAUUGUAAAGGAUUAGGUUUUGAAAUCUCUCCGCUUGGGAGAAGAAAUAUUUUUAAAAAAUGGUGUUCAAGAGUAAACUCCUCUUUUCCUCGAAGAAAUCGGGAUCGUCUAGUCCCAAUAACGCAAACAGUCCUCGAUCCGUUGGCUCUAAUUCUCCGGUUGGGUCCGAUAAGAAGAAACCGAAAUCGAAUUCCAAAGAGGAGAUUUGGAGCUCUUACCCGAAGAAGGAUGGUUCAUCGAAAGGUAAAGAAGCUUGGUUCGAAGUUCACUCUUCUAGUCCUGGGAAAUCGAAACUGUCAUCUUCAGGUUCUGAGGCGGCGAAGAAGAAGCCACUUGCUGAAACGCCUAUCAUGGCUUCGUCUCUUGGUUUGAAUCGAAUCAAGACGAGGUCUGGCCCGUUGCCGCAAGAAAAUUUCUUCCGUUUUGGGAAUGAUGAUGAACUUCCGGUCUUACCGUGUUACAAGUUGUCAAAGUUUGAUACUAGUUCAGGUAGAGGCAAGAAGGAAGCUGGGAGUAGCAAAGCUGAUCACAAAUCUCUUGAUAUUGGAACGCUAAGAAGCAGCAGCAGCAGCCCCGCUUCGGGAAAUGGUCAAUUGAAGGUAUUACCUAGCAUAUCUAGCCCUGAAGGAAGCUCAGGAGUUUGCACCCCAGAGGAAAUCUUGAAUCUAAUUCGAACAAAAUUUGACAAAGCAAAGGAAGAAGUAAAUUCAGACCUUUUUGCAUUUGGUGGGGAUCUGUUGGAUAUUUAUGAUAAAAACAAAGAAAGUCAUCCUGAGUUGCUAGUACCAAUUGAAAACUUGUUGGUUUUGGCAAAGAUUUGUGCUAAGACUACUUCGGGAGAUUUCUGGCUUCAGUGUGAGGGCAUAGUACAAGACUUAGAUGAUAAACGUCAAGAGCUUCCCCCGGGCGUGCUCAAGCAACUUCACACUCGGAUGCUUUUUAUCCUUACCAGAUGUACCAGAUUAUUUCAGUUUCAUAAGGAAAGUUGGGGGCAGGAGGAAGAUGCCGAACAACUAUGUCAGUCAAGAGUCUUGCAUCUUGUUGAUAAAAGAGUCCCCACUGGAGAAGUUAGGGACGGGAUGUGUUCAAGUACUGCCAAUAACUUAAAGGUACCAUCCACCCAGAAAGCUUAUAGUCAGAAGCAGCGUGAUUUGAAUUGGAACGAGGGCUCUGUUGUUAGUCCAGCUCCUCUUUCCUCUCCAUACAAUGAAAUGUCAAAAGAUUCUGAAUCGCCUGCAAACAUCGAUAAAAUGUCAUCUUGGAAAAGACUUCCAUCUCCAGCAUCGAAGGGUGUAAAAGAAGCUUCAGUAUCUAAAGAGCAGAAUGAUAGCAAAUCUGAACCUCCACAGGUCGUUAAAAAUCGAGUAGCUAUGAGUGAUGAUAUGGCUGUUUCUAACUCGCCAGACAUUCUUCAAGAACAUAUGUCCAAGCAUCCGCACAAUAUUUCUUGGGGCUAUUGGGGAGAUCAGUCAUGUAUUUCUGAGGAAAACUCAAUUAUUUGCCGUAUAUGCGAGGAGGAAGUUCCCAGCACCCAUGUGGAAGAUCACUCUAGAAUCUGUGCAUUGGCUGAUGUAUCUGACCAAAAGGGUGCGAGUGUUGAUGAGCGGCUGGCGGCAGUUGCUGUAACCCUUGAAAAGAUAACCGAGAACUUAACACAAAAGGAUAGCCUAGCAGUAGUAGAAAGCCCAGAUGGUAUGAAAAUAUCUAACGCAAGCUUUAGCGAAGAAUUUGAUGUUCUCUCCCCAAAGCUAAGUGAUUGGUCCCGAAGAGGGUCGGAGGAGAUGCUUGACUGUCUUCCAGACGCUAAUAAUUUAGUUUCCAUGGAUGAUAUGAGAUUUUUACCUUCAAUGUCAUGCAGAACUCGUUUUGGUCAAGGCAUGACUACUUCAUCUGCCGGUAGCAUGACUCCUAAAUCCCCUAUUCCAACCCCUAGACGCGAUCCAAUUGAAUUGAUAUUAGUAGGCAAGGGUAUAUUACAUGACCAGGAUGAUAUUUCACAGAUGAGUGAACUUGCUGAUAUUGCAAGAUGUGCAUCAAAAAAUAUUCCAGUUGAUGAUCAAUCUAUUCAACUCUUACUUUCUUGUCUUGAAGACUUGAGGGUUGUCAUUGACAACAGAAAGUUUGAUGCACUUAUAAUAGAAACUUUUGGUACACGCAUAGAAAAGUUGAUACGGGAAAAGUAUCUUCAGCUGUGCGAGCUUCUGGGUGAUGAAAAUUUUGAUCUAUCAAGCACCAUAAUUGAUGAAGAUGCUCCUUUGGAAGAUGAUGUUGUUCGCAGCUUGAGGACCAGCCCAGUACAUCCGCGGGACCGCAUAUCCGUAGAUGAUUUUGAUUUCGUAAAAGAAAUUAGUAGGGGAGCUUUUGGGCAUGUUAUCUUGGCUCGUAAGAAAACUACAGGAGACCUAUUUGCGAUUAAGGUUCUAAGGAAGGCAGAUAUGAUCCGCAAGAAUGCUGUGGAGAGUAUACAUGCUGAACGAGAUAUUCUGAUCAAUGCCCGCAAUCCUUUUGUGGUUCGAUUCUUCUAUUCUUUUACUUGUAGCGAAAACCUGUAUCUUGUGAUGGAAUAUCUUAAUGGAGGGGAUUUUUAUUCAAUGUUGAGAAAAUUUGGUUGCUUGGAUGAAACUAAUGCCCGUGUAUACAUUGCAGAAGUUGUCCUUGCUUUGGAAUAUUUACACUCCGAGGGUGUUGUGCAUCGUGAUUUGAAGCCUGACAAUUUGUUGAUUGCCCAUGAUGGUCAUGUUAAGUUGACAGAUUUUGGGCUUUCAAAAGUUGGGCUUAUCAACAGCACAGAUGAUCUUUCUCGUCCAGUUUCCAGUGCAACGUCGCUGCUUGUUGAGCAGAAACCAAAAUGGCCAACGUUGGAGCAUAAGCGGUCUGCUGUGGGCACUCCUGACUACUUAGCGCCAGAAAUUCUUUUGGGGACAGGACAUGGUGCAACUGCAGAUUGGUGGUCUGUUGGCAUCAUUUUGUAUGAAUUCAUUGUGGGGAUUCCACCCUUCAAUGCUGACCAUCCGCAGCAAAUAUUUGACAAUAUUCUCAACCGUAAUAUACAAUGGCCUCCUAUUCCUGAAGAUAUGAGCCAUGAAGCCCGUGAUUUGAUAGAUCGGUUAUUAAGGGAAGAUCCUCACCAGAGACUUGGGGCUAGAGGGGCAGCUGAGGUCAAGCAGCACAUCUUCUUUAAAGACAUAAACUGGCAUACGCUAGCACAGCAGAAGGCCGCAUUUGUGCCGGAUUCAGAAAAUGCUUUUGACACAAGUUACUUCCAUAGUCGCUACUCGGAGAAAUAUCCGGACGAAGAAUGUUUAUCAACCAAUGAGAAUGAAGAUUCUAGUGAUGGUGACAGUUUGAGUGGCAGCAGUGGUCGGUUGAACAAUCAUCACGACGAGGGGGUUGAUAUACCCCGCGGACCUGCGGAGUCUGAAACUGGUGUCUCUGAAAAUUACCCAUUCAAUAAUUUCUCGUUCAAGGUAUUGUCUCAUGAC